AUGGCAGGGGAAUUCGAGAGGACCAAGACAGGGCAAUACGUCCAAGAUGUCGAGCAACCAGAGCAACCAGAGCGAUCAGCAGCGUCGUCAUCGGACGUUCCUGAUCUGCGAGGUAUCGUCACCCAGCAUGAACAUCGGAGCUUGAUUCGGGGUCUGGGACAGCGCCAUAUUCAAAUGAUCGCCAUCGCGGGCGCAGUGGGAACAGGUCUCUUCCUCGGUUUGGGUGGCUCAAUCGCUACUGGUGGUCCACUCGGCGCUUUACUCGGGUAUGCGUUCGUCGGUCUGAUCGUGUGCAGCAUUCAAUUUGCGCUGGGUGAGGUUGCGGCUUUGUUGCCCGUGACGGGUUCCUUUGUGCGACAUGCGGAGAUUUUGGUUGACCCGGCGCUGUCGUUUGCGAUUGGGUGGAAUGUCGUCUAUGGGUGUUUCCUGAGCGUGCCCAGUGAGAUCUCCGCCAGCGUGGUCUUGAUUCAAUACUGGACGGAUAUCAAUGCGGCGGCGUGGGUGACCAUCCUCAUCGUGGUGUCUGCGGUGGUGGCAUUCUCGUUUAUUCGCGUCUACGGCGAGAUCGAAUUCGUCUUCGCCAUCCUCAAGAUCCUACUGGUUGUUUUCGUGGUUAUUCUGGGUCUCGUCAUCGACCUGGGCGGUGUCCCAGGGGUGCCCCGAAGAGGAUUCCACUACUGGAAAGACCCCGGUCCAUUUGUCGAGUACAUCUCCACCGGAUCCUGGGGUCGCUUCCUGGGAUUCUGGGCAGUCAUGACCAAUGCAGUCUACUCUUUCGCUGGAGUCGAAUCUCUCGCUAUGGCAGCCGCCGAAACCCAGAACCCGCGCCACAACAUUCCCAAGGCUUGCAAGCGAGUGUUUGCGCGUGUAUCCAUAUUCUACCUGGCCGCAGUGCUGGUUGUGGGUAUGGUGGUUUCCAGCGCCGACGAGCGCCUCGGCUCUGAUUCCGGAACAGCAGCUACAAGCCCGUUUGUUAUUGCUGCCGGUGAUGCUGGCAUCAAGGCAAUUCCAUCGGUCGUGAAUGCAGUCUGCUUGACAUCGGCAUGGUCGGCAUCGAAUCAGAGUAUGUUGGCAGGAACCAGAACUCUGUACGGUCUUGCGAUCAAGGGCCAUGCCCCCAAGAUUUUCCUCCGCACAACUGCAUGGGGUAUUCCUUACUUCUGUGUAUUGGCGCAAGUGCUGUUCUCUUUGCUAGCAUACAUGUGCGUCUCCAACGAUGCCAUGAAUGUUUUCUGGUGGUUUGUCGAUCUGACUGCUGCUGGAACUUUGGUCUCGUGGAUUGCUAUUGCAUUGAACCACCUUCGUUUGUUGAAGGCCUUGGAUAAACAAGGCAUUCCAGCCUCUGAACUGCCAUGGCAUAAUAGAAUUACAAGAUUCACAUCAUGGUUUGCGUUGAUCUCUUGCAUUAUCAUUCUCUUGACUGGAGGAUUUGCAGUAUUCACAACCGGAAACUGGGACCCUGCCUCAUUCGUGUCCUCAUAUCUGGACAUCCCACUUGUGCUUGCCGCUUACGGAGGAUACAAGUUGAUCCGUCGAACCAAGAUCAUUCCUCUCGAAUCUAUCCCCAUUCAAGAGGCACUUGACGAAGCUAACAACGACCCCGAUAACGUGCCAAUCAAGAAGGAUAGCAUCUGGGCAAAGAUGAAUAUCUUUUGGGGUUAA